AGAAUUCCCUCACCAAAGCAGGAGCAAAACAAGGGCACCAGAGCUGGAAUCACUCAGGCAGCUGUUAAAAAAAAUAUAUAUAUAUAUAAAAAAAGGAAAAUCGGGGGUUUAAUAAGUGAAUUCCCUUCCUCUGGGCGGGCAGGGAGAGCUCCCAGUGCCCCUUUGCUCCUGCAUCCCCCUCUCUCCAAGCCUGGCUCGAGGAGCAGCCGAGCUCUGUAAGUGACACCGGGCUAAUUAAUUAAUUAAUGACUCCCCGGCGUCGCCUCCGCGGCUGCUGGGAUAGAGAGGGAGGCAGGGAAAAAAAAAAGGGCUGGGACAGCCCGGAGCUGCUGCUGCUGCUGGGAAAUGCUGAGCUGUGCUCCGAGCUGGCUGAGUCCUUCAUAACCCUGCCCUGCCUCGGGCUCAGCCCUGGAAAAAUCCUGGGAAGAGAAGAUGGCGUGGGAUCCAGGCUGGCAGCAUCUUCCCUCCUGGGUGGGAUCCUCCUCCCUCGUCCUGUGCUGCUCCCGAGCUGCCCUGGCACAGUUAAUCGAGGCCACCACGGAGCCCCCCAAGAAGAAGCCGGACCCCGUGACCUCGGAGACCGUCGUGAUCUGGGGGCUCAGGCUCUGGAUGGUGGUCGGGAUCUUUGCCCUCUUUGUCCUGGCAGUCAUUAUCACCCUGUGCUGCAUCUUCAAGUGCCGGAUCCCGCGCACCAAGAAGGAGAUCGAGGCGCGUUACGCCCAGCGCCAGGCGGCCAAGAACUACGCCGACAAGCUGGACACUGUGCCACCCCUCAACGAGCUCACCGAGAUCCCUGGAGGCUCUACUGAAACUCUCCUUCCUCUCUCUGGUCAUGUCCAGCCCAGAGCUCUCAACUCUCUGCCUGUGCUGCAAGAAGAGGAUGAGAUGGCCCUGCAAGGAAAUUAGGGAUCUGCCUUCUCCUGCCUGUCUGUCUGUGGCUUCCCUUUUCCGCUGGGAUCCGUCAGCCCUUGGACUCUCUGCUUCUCCUUUCUGCACUUUUCUCCGGUUUUAGAAGCUUUUUUUUCCCUCUCUUUCCUGUGGCUCUGCAAACCCUGUGACCUGCUGCUCCCUAAAAACUGCGAGUUUCCUUCGUUCCAAAGGUGAUGUUUCCAUGGAUCAUGGAGAGAGGCAGGUGAAAGAACUGUAGAAGUUUAGUCCUACACCAGCAAAACGCAGAACUGAGAGUUUAACAACAGGAAAACUUGCACAGAGCUCGGGAUUUCAGAGGUGUCCUGACCUCUGACCAUAAAUUGAGGAUGGUCAGACCCCUCUGUGGAGCAGAACCCAACUGGCAGGGAGAACCCCUUGUCCACACACUUAAAUUUAACCUACUCAAAAUCCAAGGUCACCCCAAGGUGUGGUUGAUUGAAUCUUACCUUGUCUGAGCAAUCCCACGUGGAAAAUGCCCACAUUUGGGGCAGGAAGUCAAAGUAUCCUUUAAUUCACUGCCCAAAAUGUCCCAAUUCUGCCCCUGUAAGGACCAGCUCCCAGCAGAUCCCAGGGGAUGUGAAGGAACGUGCCUGGAGAUGGGAGAAAUCCAAAUUUGCUGCCCCAUCCUCUUCCUGCUGUUACUUCUGGAAAACCAAUAAAUGAAGGGUGAGAACAUCCAGAAGAGGCAGAGAGGAUAUUUGAGCAGCAAAUUGGCUCUUUCACCCCAGAAUGCUGAGAAAUUUGGCCCUCCUCCAAGCAGCCUUUCCAUCCCACCUGGACACAUCCAUGUGCUCCAUCCAAGGGCUGGAUAUUGGGCGUGGAUUUAACGAGGCCACGGGGAAUUAUGACAGCAGGAGCUCCUGAAAAAAUGAGCACGGGAAAUCAAUUUAUUGGGCAUUUAUUGGGCAUUUAUUGGGCAUUUAUUGGGCUUUUAUUGGGCAUCAGCUGCACCGUGAAACCUCCCUGAAAUCCCCUUUUAUCCAGUUAAAUGUUGGCCACGCUUUGGGAAUUCCGGAAUUGUGGUCCCAGCGCAGGGUAGGAGGUUGAUGGAUAAUAUAUUGCUGAGUGGCUACUGCUAUUUGAUAAUAAUUCAUGGAGUUCCUGGUCCUCUUGGACUUGGCAGAUCUAAAUCUUCCCAAAAUGCCCUGAAGGAACCAGUCCUGGAAUGGGAAUCACCUUUCCAUAAGUAUUUUAUCCGUAUCCAUGCAGAUAGAUGUGGAUAAGAUAGAUGUGGGAUAAGAGCAUGCCAGCAUUAUUUAUCCAGACUUUAUCCCUGUAUCCCUGGUGGAAAAUCAAAAGGAUGGGAUUCCUUUCCCCCCAGGGGAGGUGCUGGAAGUGGGAGAGGGAAACUGGGCCUUAAAAAUUCCCGCCUGGCUCCGACUUUGGAGGCCCCAAAGGCCUCGCUCGGCCUUGUGUGAUCAAACCCCCAGAAACCAUUUCCCUCCUUGAUUCCAGCAUUCCAGCGGGAAUUCUGCAGAGCUCUGGGCUGCUCUUUCCCUGGGAGCAGAGUGGGAUGCUCUGCCAGGAGGCCUCACUGGCUUUGGCAGCUCCCCUUGAUCCGUGAGCUCGUUAAAUCCGACGGAUUUGUCACCUCUCCCUAAAAUCCCGCUGGGAUGACCCCAGAGGGGUGACUGGAGCCCUGAACUGGAAUUCCUGAGUGGCCAUGGAAUGCUUUCAGGUUUGCUGGGAGUGUCAUCAAUAUAUCACACUGCUGAAAUAAUCUCCUUUCUUGGCAUUAUUCCCCCCCCACUUCCCAUUUGUUGGGAAUAUUGGAGGUGCCAACUGGCUCUCCGUGCACUUUUGGGAGUGUCAUAUAGGACAAGCCCUUUUACUGGGAAUAAAUUAAAUGGGCUUUUAGGGGUUCAAGUGGAUAAAAUAUGAUACAAAAUUGAUUUGUCUGUGCUCUCCCUCCCAGCUUGGGGGAGAAGAACAAGCAGGACUUGGCCUUUGCUCUGUCCACGUCCUGGGAGAUCUCCAACUAUUCCACCCUGAGGCUGCUCCAGCUGAUAUUUUGGGAGUUCUCCUGGUUUCUGUCACAUUUAUCCAGAAAGCAGAAAAUGGGCUGGGUUGGUUCAUUUUUUUUUCCCCUCCCCCUCUCCCUUUUUUUUUAUUUUUUAAUAGGAGAUGCCAGGAUUUCCCCUGGGACUGUAAGGAAGGGUCUGUGUUGUUCUACUCCCUUUGGACAAACAAAUUGCCAGUUCCCAAGUUCAAAGGGUGACACUUUAAAAUAAAGUCCAUAUUAAAGGAAUAUGAAUGUAAAAAUUAAUGGAAUGGCAGAUUAUGGAAUGGUUUGUGUUGGAAGGGACCUUAAAAAUCAUCUCAUUCCACCCCCUGUCAUGGGCAGGGACACC